CUUUCAUCAAUCUCCACCUAACUCGUUCGUUUCAUUUUUCUCCGGUGGCUGCUGCUGCAUUCGGUGAAAGUGGGCUCUGGAGCUGUGGAACGGAAAAAGUUAGGUGAAUCACAACUCCAUUUGAUUUUUCUCAAGGUUUUUGUCUGUGAAAAAUCGUGUAAUGGACUUAUUACAGUCUUUGGAUCCUCAAAUCCUUCUGGGUUUGGCUGUGGCUGUUUUAGCUCUUGCCUUUGGUGCUCUCUAUUUGUUAUCCUCGUCCAAGAAAACCAAAUCCGGAGGUUGCUUGGAUCCAGAGAAUUUCAAGGAGUUUAAACUCAUCAAGCGUGCGCAGCUGAGCCAUAAUGUGGCGAAGUUUACAUUUACACUCCCAAGUUCUACUUCAGUUUUGGGCCUUCCCAUUGGACAACAUAUAAGUUGCAGGGGCAAGGAUGGUCAAGGUGAAGAUGUUAUCAAACCUUAUACACCUAUUACUUUGGAUUCUGAUGUCGGAUAUUUUGAAUUAGUCAUAAAGAUGUAUCCCCAAGGAAGGAUGUCACACCAUUUCCGACAGAUGCGUGUCGGUGAUUUUCUGUCUGUGAAAGGGCCCAAGGGGCGAUUCAGGUAUCAACCAGGCGAGGUCAGAGCAUUUGGGAUGCUCGCUGGAGGCUCUGGCAUUACUCCUAUGUAUCAAGUUGCUCGAGCCAUAUUAGAAAAUCCAAAUGACAAGACGAAGGUACAUCUCAUUUAUGCCAACGUCACCUACGAGGACAUUCUUUUGAAGGAGGAGUUGGAUCUUCUUGCCUCAAGGUACCCAGAUAUCUUCAAGCUCUAUUAUGUUUUAAACCAGCCUCCUGAAUCGUGGGACGGCGGUGUUGGAUUCGUGACGAAGGAGAUGAUUCAAACCCAUUGCCCUGCUCCUGCUUCUGAUGUUCGGAUUUUAAGAUGUGGGCCACCACCAAUGAACAAGGCUAUGGCUGCUCAUCUUGAAGCUCUUGGAUACGCACCAGAGAUGCUGUUCAUGUUCUGAUUCUUCCUCAAAGUUCUUCACUAGAACUAAGCAUCAUUUUUCUUUUCCUCCCAAGUUUUGAAAAUUUGAAUAAUGUCUCAAUUUAGAGCUAAAGAUUUAUGUACUUAGGAGGCUGUUUUCUUAGCUCUUUUUCAUUUUGCAAUGCCGUGGAAUAAUUGAUGCCAUCAUUUAGCAGAGUCCACCCUAGUUUUUUUAUUUGGCUGAAAUUGUCUUUUCAAGAGCAACUUUGAAAUAAGCUUUAUGAGCCUAUAAUAGGCGGGUGGCAACUACGAGACUGAGAUAGUUUAUAUUUGAAAUGAAAUUUGAUUUGAUUGUCA